GCAGCCUUUGUCUCAAGUUUUUUUUAAACAGUCGGAGGAGACAACGUGAGUGACGGACGGAGUUUACCGAAGGGGGUUAAUUAAACUAACCCAUGAAAAUAACCAGUUCCCACAAUCAGCCGCUUUGCAGACAAGACCUGAACGCGGCAGCGGCAGAGAUGAUGAUGAUGACAAUGAACAGUGGUCGGGCCCCACAGAGUAAAUACACACAGCUCCUUGCUAUCAUUGAAGAAUUGGAGAAGGACAUUCGACCAUCGUACGCUGGGAAUAAAAGUGCAAUGGAGCGUCUAAAAAGAGGAAUAAUGCGUGCACGAGGAUUAGUGCAAGAAUGCCUUGCUGAAACUGAACGAAAUGCAAGAUCACAGUUUUAACAUGGUUUGAGAUUACAUGAACUGCAGGUUUUUCUGCAAGUGCAAUUUUCUUUGCCAACCUUUUGUUUUCAUUUUUGUACUUGAGCCAAACCAUGUAUGAUUUGUUUCAGGGGAAUUCAAAAAAUAUCGACUGAACACAAUUUUACUUCUUUACAACUGACAAUACUCUUGGUAUAACAAAGGCCCAGGUUAUGUAGUUAAGUCAAUUUAUAAAUGGCCUUUUGGAAAUAAUAUGGCUCCUAAUUAUGUUCACUCUUUAGACUGCACACUAGGGACAAUUUACAAUUUUUUUUUUUAAACUGAAGCCAAUUAACCUACUAGCCUGUACAUCUUUGCCAUGUUGGAAGAAACCCACACAGUCAUAAAGAGAACGUACAAACUCCGUACAGGCAGCACCCGUAGUCGGGAUGAAACCCAGGUCUCUGGUGUUGUAAUGCAGCAACUCUACUGCUGCACCACGUACUGCCUCUUGCCAGACCAGUGUUAGAGUUGUUUUGUCUAUUGGAUGCAGGAUACAAGAGAAAAAAAAAUAUUUUGCACAUCAGAAGAAACUGGGGGAAUAGAUCAAGGUUUAAUUUCAUUGAUCUAUAGAUUUAAGUUUUGCUAUUGUACAGAAGUUAAACGCUGUCUUUGUAUUUUCUUGCUGAAAUAAAGGUGAUUUUUCA